AUGGGUGUUCCCAAAUUCUUCCGCUGGCUCUCUGAGCGCUAUCCGCCCAUUUCACAGCUGAUCGCCGAGAACCGCAUCCCCGAAUUCGAUAACCUCUACCUUGAUAUGAACGGUAUCAUACACAACUGCACCCACAAUGACUCCGACUCCGUCACGAAAGCGCGACUCUCCGAAGAUGAAAUGUUUCUCAAGAUUUUCAAUUACAUCGAGUUCCUGUUUGGCAAGAUUAAGCCACAGAAGCUCUUUUUCAUGGCCAUCGAUGGUGUGGCCCCACGUGCGAAGAUGAACCAGCAGCGCUCGCGACGAUUCCGAACCGCUCUUGACGCCGAGAAAGCCCGUGACAAGGCGAUCGCAGAAGGUCGAGAGCUGCCAAAGGAAGAUCCCUUUGACUCGAAUUGUAUCACCCCCGGUACCGAAUUUAUGGCGCGCUUGACCCAGCAGCUCAAGUAUUUUGUUGCGAAGAAGGUCAGCGAAGAUGGUGACUGGCAGGGAUGCGAAAUCGUCCUUUCCGGUCACGAAGUCCCUGGAGAGGGAGAGCACAAGAUUAUGGAGUACAUUCGUCAGGCAAAGAGCCAGCUUGACUACGAUCCGAAUGUCCGUCACUGCUUGUACGGUCUCGAUGCGGAUCUGAUUAUGUUGGGUCUGCUUUCGCACGAUCCUCACUUCUGUCUAUUGCGCGAAGAAGUCACUUUCGGACGACAGGGCAAGUCCAAGAGCCAGGAUCUUGAGCACCAGAAUUUCUUCCUUUUGCAUCUCUGCAUAGUACGUGAGUAUUUGGAGUUGGAAUUUCAGGAGCUGAAGGAGAAGGGUGCCCUUGGAAACCUUCCUUUCGACAUGGAGCGCAUCAUCGACGACUUCAUCCUCAUGGCAUUCUUCGUCGGAAAUGAUUUCUUGCCGAACCUACCAUAUCUUCACAUUAAUGAAGGUGCGCUGGCACUCAUGUUUGCUGUGUACAAGAAGAUUCUGCCAAAGGCUGGCGGAUAUAUCAACGACGGCGGUACCAUCAAUCUCGAGCGUUUGGCGCUUCUAUUGGAGGAGCUGAGUGAUGUCGAGUAUCGACACUUUGAGGCGGAGAACCAGGACGCCGGUUGGUUGAAGGACAAGAGCAUUCAUAAGGAGGAUGUUAUGCAGAAGACCAAGAAGAAGGGUGUGACGGUCAUGUCCACCAACCAGAAAGAGCUAUACCAGAAGGUGAAGAGAUUCGUCAACAGUCGCCCUGCGUCUGGCGUGGACACGCCCUUGGACAUGGGACCAGACCUUAAAGCUGCCGAUCGAGCAUUCGUGGACGAGCUGGCCCACAGUUUGCGCCUGCAGAGUGAGAGCGUCAUCAACGAUGACGGCGAUCGCGCCAUGCAACUCUCGUUCCCGCCACGCCCAGAAAUGGACGACGAGGACGACGAGGAAGAUGAGGAGGCACAGAAUGCGCUUCUUCGCGUGUUCAAGCACUACGACAAGGCCAAGGUCGAAGAUGUGUCCGCUAGUGACGCGCAGCUGAAGGCCAAGGAGAAUCUUCCCGGCAUCUUCCCCGAUCUCGAGCAUUGCCGUGUGGUUGAGAACAUUUUUGAGCUCCCGACCAUGGACGGAUUGGAAUACUAUAUUGGUCUCAUGGAUGGUGUCAAGCUUGGAAAGGAUGCUCUGUACGGCUUCCCGAGCCUGCAGACCCUGCCUCACACAGGUCAGCUUGGCUUCCAUGGUGUGGCAGUCUUCCAACAAGAAAGCAGAAAUGAGAGCAUGGUUGUCACUUUGAGCGAAGGUGAAGAGAAAGGCACUAUUGCGCACGCCAGGCAGAGACUCGGAAAGGCUGUCCAUGUUGGCUAUCCUUUCUUGCAUGAGGGCAAGGUCACUACUGUCACUGACGAGAUGUUCACCUAUCGCCUCGCUGAUCCAGAUCAGCCGGCCACCGAGCAGAACAUCAUUCAGGUGCCACAUCCACCGCAAGGCAUCUCGGAUUGGAAAAAGAAAGCCGACCGCAUCGAGAAGCAUUACAGCAAGCGUCUCGGCAUGAUUAUCGGCACGAUUGAGAGCUUGGUUCAGAUCGAUCCUCUUGUUGGACUUGAGAAGACUGAUCUUGGCGCCACCAUCAAGCAAUACGCACCUAUUCAAGGCUUCGAGACCGACUAUGCUACCCAGACUAUCGUUGACACCGUCAUCAGCGAAGAUCAGCGCUUUCUUGAGAAGGAAGCGGUCCCAAUCCAAGAAGAGUUUCCAGUCGGCACACGAGCCUUCUUCCUUGGCGACAUGGCCUAUGGUCGACCUCUCGAGAUCACUGGCCACGUCAAAGGUUCUGGCGGUGCUGACAAGGCUCAGACUUGGGUAUCAAUCCUCAAGGGCCCUGAGCAAGAGUUCGGACUCCACAUUGCUGCACAGGCAGAAGCGAGAAAUCCUUAUGUGCCCUCAUAUGCUGUGGCGAGGCAGCUGCACCUGCAUCCUCUCGUCCUGUCGAAGCUCACUUCUGCCUUUACCGUCAUGUCAUCAGGACUGAAGCUUAAUCUGGGCCUGAAUCUUAAGUUCGAAGCCAAGAAGCAGAAGGUGCUUGGCUACAGCCGAAAGAGCGACAAGGGCUGGGAGUACUCGCCAAAAGCCAUUGAUCUGCUCAAGCAGUACAUGAUCAACUUCCCAGAGUUCAUCGCCCGCAUUGAGGCCAACCCUACUGGCGACGGUUGGGAGGACACUGCCUUCUACUCCGACCCACAAGUUGCCAAGGCCAAGAUGAAGGAGAUUGGUCAGUGGCUCAAGAGUGUCGAGACUAAGGCGUUCGAGAAAGUGCCACUUGAGGCCGAACAGCUCGAUGGCGAUACCGUUCUGGCCAUCGAGCAAGCAGCUGAUGCAAACAACGCUGUUGCCAAUGCCGUCUAUGGCAAGAAGAUUGGCGGCGUUCCCAGAGUCGCCUUGCUCAAGCCGGUCGAUGCCGAGCAACGCACCCAACGCCAGAAGUUCCGUCUAGGUCAUCGCGUUGUGUAUGUGCUCGACACUGGUCGAGUACCAGUCGCUAUGAGGGGCACCGUCGUAGGCCUGACGAGAACUAGCCGUAACACGCUUCUGGACAUCGUCUUCGACUCCACAUUCAUGAGUGGCACCACGCUUGGAGGCCGCUGCUCGCCUUUCCGUGGAAGCACUGUUCCCUCGAAUGCUGUGUUGAACUUGACUGAUCGUCAGGUCGUGGCAAUGUCUCAAGCAGCCAAGGACCGUGUCCAGCAGCCAUCAUUCACGCCACUGCGAGGCGCAUUCUCAAGCAACGCUGGAAGCUACGGCAUGCCAGGUCAGCCGCAGCUCGUCAAUGCUGCUAUACCACCACCAAUCAGAGGAGGCUGGAACAGUGCAGCUCGCGGCCAGACCAAUGGCGCACCUCGAGCUAAUGGUAAUCGUGGUCGCGGUGGCGGCCUUGGCAGCACGCAGGAUCAGUCUGUCCCAUCCCGUCCUCGUGGUCGGGGAGGCAUGAACGGAAACGCUCAAGGCUUCACACCUCGAGGCGGACGCGGCGGCGGGGCUCCAAACCGCGGCGGCUACACCAUCGUCGACAACAGCGAUCCUUCACAAGGCGUUGUCCAAAACAACCCCAAGUUCCGUCCACAGAAUUACAGCAAUGUGCCGCCGCCAGCUGAUCUGGAUGCCGGCCGCGGUCGUGGUCGAGGCGGAGGCAGGGGUGGCCGAGGAGGAGGCGAGAACGGACGAGGUCGUGGGCGCGGAGGUCGUGGACGUGGUGAACCAGUCGCCAGCUAGGAGCAGCAACCGGGUUUUCCAGUCAACGGCAACGACUCGAUGGAGAUUAAGUAUCAGCUUCGGUCGCGCGCCGUCUACGCAUAGGAGGAGACGGAAGUCGACCUGGCACAGGAGAUGAAGAUUUAUUCCAUCAAGGGCCGGCAGAAUCGGCGGCUACCAUGACAGGCCGACCAUGAUCACAUUGCCGAACCGGAUUCAAGUUGGCUUGCUAGUCCUAGGUGAUGUCGUCAAACCCCGGCCAAAAGCAUCGUUGUCAGCCCAUCGGUAUCGAGCAAGAUAGCAACGAUCAAUGACAUCCAUGGGGCAUGAUCGGAGCAUGUCCCCUUCCGGCU